AUGGGCAACAUGGCGAGACAACUCCAGAACCACCCCGACUACUCGGAUGACGAGUACGGAGCCGAGGACGCAUUCUUCACUUACCGUCCCCUCUCCAACCUUCCUACCCCGCCACCUUCUUCCAGAAACUCUUCCGCCCACCAGAGUCCGAAAAUGACCUUGGAAGACGGAGAGGUCCUACACGAGAGGUUUCUCGGCCCCGCCAUCCACCUCGUCAACCUCAUUCCCACGUCAGCUUCCCUCACAACCCCCUCGGUACCCCUCGUGCAGGCCAUGCUUGGCCGGACCGGCUUGCCGCUCGAGACCAUUGCCUUGGCCGCGUGCAUCCUCGACUCUCUCAACUCCAAAUUUGCCCUGAGCUGGCGUCUUCAGUGCCCCCUGCUUGUCGAGAAUGCCCUUCCCGCCAACAAACGUCACACCCUCGGCCACAGUCCUCUCCUCGACCGCCGCCGCCAGCAGCAGAUGCACAUCGACUCGGUCCAACCCGAGCUCAUCAUUCUCGCCGCCCUCGUCAUUGCUGCCAAGUUCACCGACGACUGCCACGAAUCGACCCAAUCCUACUGCGCCAACUGGGGCAAGGACAUCUGGUCGUGCAAACAGGUCAACGUAACGGAGCGCUGCAUCUGCGAGAACCUCAACUACCGCAUCAAGCCCCUGGUCGACGACGAGGAACUGAUCGCCGACACCAUGGUUGAUAUGCAGCUGGCCGCCCGCCAUUAUAACUCGUCCCGGCCCGUCCAGCCCCACGAGGCGGGACACAGCAAGAGCAAGAGCAUGACCUUCGGCACCGCCGUCGUCGGCCUGGGCCUCCAGCUCACGCCCCUCGACACGCCCAAGUCCGAGGCUGGCUCGUUUGGCGACGAGGUGCGCGCCGCCCUCGAGAACGCGCCCUUUGACGGCGACUACACGCCCCCGACCUUUGCUGCCAACGACAUGGUCCUGCCUCCCGCUGGCGAGGAGCUUAACGUUAAGUGA